CUCUUUUCCAUCUUCAUCUCAUUCCACCACCAUGGCCAGCUUCGCCCCCCACCAGAACGACGAUGUCGCCGUCGCCACUAUCCGUAUUCUCUCCGUCGACACCGUCGCCAAAGCCAACUCUGGCCAUCCAGGUGCACCCAUGGGUUUGGCCCCCGCCGCCCAUAUCCUUUUCUCUAGGUUCUUGAACGCCAACCCCAAAAACCCCAAUUGGUUCAACCGCGAUCGAUUCGUCUUGUCCAACGGUCAUGGAUGCGCUCUCCAAUACGUUCUCCUCCAUCUCCUUGGUUACAACCUCACUUUGGACGACCUCAAGGCCUUCCGACAAUUGGACUCCAAGACCCCUGGUCACCCUGAGGCUGGCCAUACCGAGGGUAUUGAGGUUACCACCGGCCCUCUCGGACAGGGCUUCGCCAACGCUGUUGGUUUGGCCAUCGCCCAAGCCCACCUUGGUGCUGUCUUCAACAAGGAUGGCUUCGACCUCAUCAACAACUACACCUAUGUCUUCACUGGAGAUGGUUGCUUGAUGGAGGGUGUCGCCGCCGAAGCCGCCUCCCUCGCCGGUCACUUGAAGCUGGGCAACCUCGUUGUUAUCUAUGAUGACAACCACAUCUCCAUCGAUGGAGACACCAACGUGGCCUUCACUGAAGACGUUGAGCAACGGUUCCUGUCCUACGGUUGGCAGGUUCUCCACGUCCAUGACGGUGAUACUGAUCUCGCCAGUAUCUACGCCUCCAUCGCUGCUGCUCGGGAGGAGAAGGACAAGCCGACCAUCAUCAAGCUGAGGACCACCAUCGGCUACGGUUCCAAGGAGCAGGGAACCCAUGGAGUUCACGGAUCUCCUCUCAAGGCCGAUGACAUUGUUUCCCUCAAGCAGAAGUUCGGCUUCAACCCUGAGGAGAAGUUCGCCGUCCCUCAAGGUACCUACGACCUUUACUCCGAGUUCGGCAAGCGUGGUGCUGCCCUCGAGGAGCAGUGGAACGCCCUUCUCGCUGCCUACGCCGAGAAGUACCCACAGGAGCAUGCCGAAUUGACCCGUCGCAUUGCUGGAAAGUUGCCCGAAGGUUGGGAGAAGGCUUUGCCCGUCUACAAACCCACCGAUGCCGCUGUCGCUUCCCGGAAACUGUCUGAGAUCGCUCUGACUGCCCUCGCCCCCGUCCUCCCCGAGUUGAUUGGUGGCUCUGCUGAUCUCACUGGCAGCAACUUGACCAAGGUCAAGAACUCGACCGACUUCCAACACCCCAGCACCGGUCUCGGAAACUACGCUGGUACCUACAUCCGCUAUGGUGUCCGUGAGCACGGAAUGGGUGCCAUUGCCAACGGUAUUUCCGCCUACGGUGGCGCCAUUCCCUAUGUCGCUACCUUCUUGAACUUCGUGUCUUAUGCAUCCGGUGCCGUCCGAUUGUCCGCUCUCAGCCAGCACCAUGUUAUCUGGGUCGCUACCCACGACUCCAUCGGUCUUGGUGAGGACGGUCCUACCCACCAGCCCGUUGAGACCCAAAUUGCCCUCCGAGCGACCCCCAACCUUGCCUUCUGGAGGCCAGCUGACGGAAAUGAGACCUCUGCUGCGUACCUCGUCGCCUUGAAAUCCAACAAGACUCCUUCCGUUUUGUCUCUCUCCCGACAAAACCUUCCUCAGCUCGACGGCUCUUCCAUCGAGAAGGCCAGUCGCGGUGGCUACGUCCUCGUUGAGGAGGACAACGAAGACCUCACCAUUGUCAGCACUGGCAGUGAAGUCAGCAUCGCUGUCGAUGCUGCCAAGAAGCUGAAGGAGCAGGGCAUCAAGACUCGCGUUGUCAGCUUACCUUGCUGGCUCGUUUUCGAUCAACAGCCUUUGGAGUACCGCCUGAGCGUCCUUCGAAGCGGUGCUCCCAUCCUCUCUCUCGAGGCUGCCUCGACUGCUGGAUGGGCCAAAUACAGCCACGAGCAAUGGGGUCUCCCUGCCUGGGGUGGCUCUGCUCCUUACCAGAAGCUCUACGAGCGAUUCGGCAUCACUGGUUCCAAUAUUGCCGAGGUUGGCAAGAAGGUUGUUGACUUCUACAAGCAGCGCGGUGGCAAGCUUGCUUCUCCCCUUGAGAAGGCUGUCAAUCUUUAAGGGAGAUUUCGGUGCAUAGCGAAAGAAGAUAGAAUUUAUAUGUAAAGUAUACCAACACUGUCAUACCAUCAACGGAAUGUACCACUAGCGUGUGCGCUUUUUGGCGUCUGUGGUUGGCC